AUGACUGCAGGGGACCACUUACCACUUCAUCGUAUAUUCCCAUGGCAGCCCUUCCGGCUCGAUGCCUUGGGGUUGGUUACUUUGCUUGGAGCAGAAGAAGUUAGUCGCGCUAUCGGAGGGCUUCAGCACAGCCUGGUAACGGAAUAUCUCCCCUUGAUGGGUGCGUAUUUGGUCGCCGCCAAUAAGUUCACCGACCCUCUCCCAGGUUACAAGGCAUACAACAUUACCGAUGGUAUUAUUCCUCCAUCAUUGAACGGAUCCUUUACCCGCUGGCUCGAUAAUCACAUUUCCUCGGAGUCUCGACGCGACGACAACACCACCAUCGUGACCUGGACGCUGGCGCCAAAAGCUGACCUGGACAGGCUAUGGCGUAAACACUGCCUACCGGUGGCAAUUGGCAUUAUCCUGAAUUCCGCCCUACUGGCCAUUACAAUCUUGAUGGCCGAUUGGUAUGGGAUCGCGAAUUCGGCGGGGAUGAUCUUAUCAGUGGCAGUCAGGUGGUUUCUACUGCGUGAGAACCGGCUCCAGCUUGGGAGAUGGGCAGAAAUAGCGCGUGCCAGGCUUGUGGCAGACCCGGCUAAGCCAGAGCACCUGGAAGAGAAAAGAAUCCUUGUGGAGCCGCCCAGUAGCAGCAAAAUUAUUGUCAACAAGCUCCCAGGCGCUCUCAUUCCAUGCCUUGUCGCGCCAUUAGCAAGCCCCCACCAGCAGAGCUACAGAUUCGCGAGAUUUGUUGGUUGGUUUGCGUUCGCGGUCCAUAUCAUUUGCAUAGGCCAGUCCAGCCUGGUUGCGCAACUAAUUGCAGUCGGGCUCCUGAUUUGCGGUACCAUGGGAACCAUAUACCGGGUUGGAUGUGACGAGGGAGAGUUCGGGCAAUUCCUCCUAGCUACCACCAGUUCGUCGAAGCAGCAACGACGAGAAUGUUUCGCCGAGUUGAACCCCACAGAUGAGGAAGAGAAGGCUCUGAAAACCUGGUCACUCCUCCCCCUGGAGGUGCCACAUACAACAGACUGGUAUAAAGACUACACGGCAAAGAAAGCGGCCCACGUAGCAACCGCCACGCCGGCUGCAAUUGUUCAUCUUUCAGCUUCCAACGCGAGCAAAUCCGUGAUAGCUGGCCAAGUAAGUGCUUGA